AUGGGAUUGUUUCGAAAACUUAAAAAAUUUAUUUGUCUUCAUAUAGUAGAAGAUGAUAAUGUGUCAUUUCCAUCGAAUCAUAGACAUCAAAUAAGAGAUGAAGCUGCACCAUCGAAUAUUCAUUAUGGUCAAUUACCACGAAGUUUUGUUAAUGCAGUUGAUUCGGCUCGAGAAGAAUCUGGUUAUGAUCCUAUUCCAACUUUUCAUCGUAGACGGGCAAUAAGAAGUGAAGAAAAUCUCAGGGAUCAAAACUUCGAUGAUGAUUCUUCUUCACUUAAACAAAGUCGAUCAAAAUCUCAUAAACGAGCAUUUAAUCAUUCGACACAUGAUACUUCAUCUCAAUGUUCUCGCCAUCAUUCAGAUGGUAUUCCAGUGAAAUAUCGUCGACAACCUGUAUCAUCUGAAUUAUUACGACCUUCUAGUUCAACACCAUUUCUUUCUCAACAAUAUCCUGCAUCUUCUUCUUCUAAUAUGCAUCAUCAAUUUCAACAUCCACAACAUCCACAACAAGUUCAACAUCCACAACAUCCACAACAAUUUCAACAUCCACAACAUCCACAACAAUUUCAACAUCCGCAACAAUUUCAACAUCCACAGCAAUUUCAACAUCCACAACAAUUUCAACAUCCACAACAAUUUCAACAUCCGCAACAAUUUCAACACAUGGUCAGAUAUCCACAACGAAACAUGAGGAUGCCUUCUCACGCUCAAUUUUUUCCUCAAGUUCAACAAUCAUUUCAUCCAUUGGUGCAUCCUAAUGCAAAUAUGCAAGCUGGAUUUAUGAGACCACAACAACCAAUAUAUCCAUUCCAUUGA